ACAUUGUACACUAAAGACGGGCAAGAUGGAGAUCGAUGACGCAACGGAAGAUUGGCAACCCUACCUCCACAUGACAAUUGCUCCAGGAUCCACCGGAAUCACACGGAUGUCUUGGAAUGGGUCCAACAGACUCGCUCUAUGCGGCCGGGAGCGUACGGUCUAUAUCCAUGACUUCGAUGAUUCCUUGAACGUGAACUUCCCGAUUCAAGGCAAAGACAUAUCUGAGCUGCGGUUUGCGAAAGAGGACCUUUUAGUUGUGGCGACCUUGUCCGGAGAAAUCUCGGCUUUCAAGUUGAACAGGACAUUUCGCAGAGGUAUCACUCCCGUUAUGUUCAAUCGGCAUCUCCACGCUCAUCAUUCACCUGUCUUCGCCCUUGAUGUGGAUCCACGAGGAGCGCAUUUCAUCUCGGCCGGAGCUGACAAAGUGAUCAAAAUGUGGAACAUCUGCGGUCAAAAACUGCUGGGUCAAUUCAGGAAGCACACCAACGCGGUCAGGCAGUUAGCCUACUCGUGGGAGGGCUCUCAAUUCCUAUCCGCAGCCGACGAUCGUGAAAUCAUCGAAUGGGAUGCUCGAAGCCAAAAUCCAAUAGCGAGCUUGACGAACACCGGCGGCGGAGCUUCGGCGAUAUCUUACUUGCCGGGCGGUCAUGUUGUGGUGGGGCACAGGGACAACAGUCUUCGCGUCUAUGACGCAAGGACUAAGAAGUCCAUCUGCUGCUAUCAAUUGUAUGAGAAUCCGAUCAGAGAUCUGUCGGUGCAUUCGUCGGGUCAGUUUGCAGCAACUUGCUCGGAGACAGAUCAGUGCUCGACCGUCAUUGAUCUAGUGAAUGGAAUUACGCUAACAACAUUCACAAUGAAGAUUCCCCUGAAAUCGGCGACAUUCCUAACGCCUUGCCAGCCGCCGUCGAAUGAGUUCGACACCUCAGAUUACCUGUGUCUCCCGGGCAGGAAUCGCAAGUUGAAUAUUUUCAAUACAUGCCUCACGAAGCUGCUGGACAAUGAAGACCGCAAAUCGGGCGCUCGGUUAAGCGAAGAUUCAAAGGAGAACGAAAUAGAUUACAGCAAACAGCUCGCGGAGACUAUCGAGAACGCCAAUAGAAAGGAUACUCCAGACGAAGGGCAAACCGGCUCGCAGAAAAAAUCGAAGCGGAGAAUGACGAUGGCAAGAAAAUCAAUCAUGCCAAAGAGCAUUUCCGUAGACGUCAUUCAGGAAGAGGUUCCCGAUGAUGAGAAACCUCAGCUCUUGUCCGCGGGUAGCUCGACGACAAAGCUGAUCGCCCUGAUGGCCAAUAUGUCGGAUCGCCUGGACGAGCUCGAGAAGCAGAUGAAAUGCAAGAUACAAAAUAUGGAAACGAGGCUAAUCCGCUUAGAGCAGAACCCCAUCCAUCCAUCGCAGAAAAAGAAUUCCGAACAGCGAUGA